UGUGAAGCCUCGCGCUGGGUUGAGUCCGCUCCGCUGUCUGUGAACCGAUAUGAACCAUGAACACAUAGAUGUCGCCUGUUCCUUUAGACACAGCGAACAUUCAGUCUUUGGCAUCUGUUGCCGGAAGCCUUGAUUAUUUUCACAUUUUUUGUGUUUUUGCACAAACCUUCCAGACGGAUUGAAUAAAUAGUUGCAGGGUUUACCUCUUGGAUGGUAUUUAAUUCCUGCAGAGUUAGGCUUUUAUUCUGCAGCAUGUCCUCCGCUAUUUGUCGUCAUGUAAUCUGGCAGUCGGAGGGGCUGGUGGCCUACCUAAACCCCAAACCCUGGACCCCAGGCUCUGUGAUCCUGGAGAGCAGUGCCCCAUGCAGGCAGGGAGGUAGCAUCUUCCACCUCACUGAGUCAGAGUAUCUAACCUGGCUGCUGGGGGCGAGGACCGUAGCUGAGCUGCUGUGUGAUCGGCUGGGGGUGAGGAGGUGUGCUCUGAUCAGCAGACCCCACAGAGACAGACCUACUCAGAUCCGUGUCCUGCCACUUCAUGGUCUGGAUGUCGAGUGGCGCCCCCACCUGGCUGGAGAAGAGGAGCACAAUGCUCUUGACCCUGGGUACUGCACCUCCAAGACUGCACCCCGAUGGAGUGAUGCCAGCCUGACUGAGAUUCAGCACAAAAUCAGAGCCAAGCUGCCGCUCCCCGACGCCCCGCCUGACAAUACCUUCCUUGGGGAAGAUCCGGCUCACGCCGGCCUUUUCUCACGCAUCGUUCGUGGGGAGGAGCAGCAGUGGCGUGUGUGGGAGGAUGAAAGCCAUGUCGCCUUUCUCACCCCGUUCCCCAACUCCCCCGGCUUCACUGUGCUGGUUCCACGGCGACCUCUGACCUCUGACAUAUUUAGGUUAGAUAGAGGAGAUUAUGAAGCUUUGGUGCUGGCCACCAAGAAGGUAUCGCUGCUUCUCGAGGAGGGACUCGGUGCCUGGGGGGUCGGGCUUAUCUUCGAAGGUUUUGAAAUCGACUACGCUCACGCCAAGUUGAUACCGUUGCUGCAACCUUCAUCAUCAGGGGCAUCUUCAGAACCUCGGUCUACGGAGUUCCACCCCAUUUACCCUGGUUAUGUCACCUCAGAGGAUGGACCUGAGGCUGACUCGGAUACCCUGAAGAUGAUGCAUGCUAAGAUCACUAAAGCUUAACAAAGCAACAAGCACUUUAAUUCCAACUAAAUCAUUUUAAACAAAAUAAUUAAUCUGCACUAUCAGAUUCUUUGACCAAUCAGAACUGUAUGCAUAUUUUCAUCCAGAAAAUGCAUAUAAAUAAUCUGUCUGUGACCAUAUGAAGAAUUUAAUAUCUAAAUACAUUUAAAAGGAAAACAUGUGCAAAUGUUGUCUGUUUAUAACCUCUAACAUGUCAGUUAAUUCAGCCUUUAAAAU